UUGAUGAUAUAACUAUGGAAGAAAACCUAGCCAAUUGCUCUUCGUGCAGGUCUAAAUCGCCUCAACGCAGCUACAAUGGCGACAGCGAGAACUGUGAAGGAUGUUUCCCCGCAUGAAUUCGUUAAGGGUUACGCCGCUCAUCUCAAACGAUCCGGCAAGAUGGAGCUUCCAGAAUGGACUGAUAUCGUGAAGACUGCGACUUUCAAGGAACUUGCUCCCUAUGAUCCAGAUUGGUAUUACAUCAGAGCUGCUUCAAUUGCCAGGAAAAUAUACUUGAGAGGUGGUCUUGGUGUUGGAGCAUUACAGAGGAUCUAUGGCGGACGUAAGAGAAAUGGAAGCGCUCCACCACAUUUCUGCAAAAGCAGUGGUGGAAUUGCUCGCCAUAUCCUUCAACAAUUGGAAACCAUGAAAAUCAUCGAUAUGGAUCCCAAGGGAGGAAGAAGGAUCACAUCUAAUGGUCGACGAGACCUUGAUCAAGUUGCAGGGCGGAUUGUGGUUGUUGCACCUUGAAGAAUUCAAAUCAUUUUUGAUGUUAUGUAGCUUUAUUAUGAAUCUUAACUUUAAAAAAAUUUAAAUCAAAUUUUGUUUGAAGAAA